GGUUGGAGCAACAAGCAUAUUCACAGAGCCAACUCGACGAUGGGACGCGACGGAGGCGGAAAAGGUGGUAAGGGCGGUCGUGGAAACAACGUCGGGGCUGCCAAGUCAGGCAGCAAGCGCAAGGGUGAAGAAGAAAUCGCGGUCGUAGCACCGAAAACGCUGCGCAAGAACCCAUCUGCGAUCAAGAACAAGAUGAAGCGUCAACAAGUGAUGGUGGAGUACAAGAAAGAGAAGCGAGCGAUCAAGGAAGAGAAGCGCGCGGCUCGCAAGAGGGAGGCCGAGGAGCUUGGUGACAAGGCACCUGCAAAGCUCGAACCUCGCACGAUUGAUAACGCGCGUGAGGCGGAAGUAACGAUGAUCUCAGCCGACGACGAAGAAAUCGUGGGAGACGACCACGACGACGAAUUCGCAUCAAUCUUUGCCGCCGAGGAAACUCCGAAGAUCAUGUGGACGACGCGGCCGUUUCCGUCGGCGGACAUGUACCCGUUCGUGCAAAAUUUGAUGGAGUUUGUGCCCAACUCGUUCUACUACAAGCGUGGCACGUACGAUAUCAAAGACAUUUGCAAGUUUGCAGGGAACAAAGAGUUCACCCACGUCGGGAUUCUGUCCGAAAAGGAAAAAGUGGUCAACGGAUUGGUGAUCAGCCGGCUGCCACAUGGGCCGACAGCGUUUUUCAAGGUUUCCAACGUCGUCCUCAUGGACAAGAUCGUGAACCAUGCGCGCAAAACCAGCCAUCAGCCAGAAGUUAUCUUGAACAACUUCAACACUCGUUUGGGCCAUCGCAUCGGGCGCUUCCUCGGGUCAUUUUUCGAGCACAAGCCUGACUUUAUCGGUCGCCAGGUUGUGACGUUCCACAACCAGCGCGACUACAUAUUUGUGCGGCAGCAUCGUUAUGUGUUUGAAAAUGGCAAGAAAGCUCGGCUGCAAGAGAUCGGGCCUAAAUUCACGCUCAAGCUGCGGUGGUUGCAGGAAGGGACGUUCGACACCAAGUUUGGCGAGUACGAAUGGAUCCACAAGCAGCACGCGAUGGACACUUCCCGCCGAAAAUUCCACUUAUAAUCUGUUCAUCAUGUGCAUCGUCACCCUCGA